GCCACGUCAUAGCCGGUGUCGCUGUCUCAAAAUGGCGACUUCGUUGAGAGAAAAACAAAUUACUGCUUUAAAGCGAAUGUUGAAUUUUAACGCCCCUAUAAACAAAACAACUAAUGUUGAACCUCAGUGGAAAGUUCUUGUCUAUGAUCGUUUCGGCCAGGACAUUAUUUCGCCUCUUCUUGGAGUGAAAGAACUGCGUGACUUGGGAGUGACACUACACCUGAAUUUGCACUCUGAUCGAGACACGAUACCAGAUGUUCCAGCCGUGUACUUUGUCAUGCCAACGGACGACAAUGUCCAGAGAAUUUGCAGAGAUCUCGAAAAUCAGUUGUAUGAAUCAUACUACCUAAAUUUUAUUUCAGCCAUCCCCAGACAGAAAUUAGAAGACUUGGCAAGUACUGCCAUCAGCAGUGGCAGUGUCACACAAGUUUCUAAAGUGUUUGACCAAUAUUUGAACUUUAUUUCAUUAGAAGAUGACAUGUUUACAUUGAGGCAUCAGGAUAGAGACAGUAUAUCAUACUACUCGAUCAACCGCGGAGAUGUUAAAGAUUCUGAAAUGGAACAAAUAAUGGACACUAUAGUAGAGAGUUUGUUUUCAGUAUUUGUUACAUUAGGAACGGUACCAAUUAUACGAUGCCCCAGAGGUAAUGCUGCAGAAAUGGUAGCGGAAAAGUUGGACAAAAAGUUACGAGAAAAUCUAAGAGAUGCCCGAAAUAGUUUCUUUACAUCUGAUAGUGUUCAAGCUGGACAGUUCAGUUUUCAACGCCCUCUUUUAGUGCUGUUGGAUAGGAAUCUUGACAUAGCAACAAUGCUCCACCAUACAUGGACAUACCAGGCACUUAGUCAUGAUGUUCUAGACUUUAAGUUGAACAGAGUUGAAAUAGAAGAAGCCUCUGAAGUAAGAUCACCUGGAGGAACAAGACCUAUUAAGAAGAAAAAAUCAUAUGAUAUGCAUAAUACUGAUAGAUUUUGGCAGAUACAAAAGGGUAAUCCUUUUCCUACUGUAGCAGAAGCAGUUCAAGAAGAACUUGACGCUUACCGUGCAAAAGAAGAUGAAGUGAAAAGCUUGAAAGCUGCCAUGGGAAUAGAGGGAGAGGAUGAAUCAGCUAUCAGUAUGUUGUCAGAUAAUACAGCAAAGUUAACCUCUGCUGUUAGCUCAUUACCAGAACUCCUGGAGAAGAAAAGGUUGAUUGAUAUGCACACUAAUAUUGCAACAGCUCUCCUGGAUCAGAUAAAAAGCCGUAAAUUGGAUGUUUAUUUCGAAACUGAAGAAAAGCUUAUGAGUAAAGCUAUGCUUGAUAACCUAAUGGAGAUUAUAUCAGAUCCUGAAGCAGGGACACCGGAAGAUAAGCUAAGGUUAUUUCUUAUUGCUCUCAUCUGUGGGCCAACUUUGAGCGAUGGACAGAUUGAUCAGUAUAGGGAUGCUUUAGUAGCCGCUAAUUGUGAUGUGUCGGCUCUACAAUAUAUUAGAAGAUGGAAAGCUUACACCAAGAUGACUGCAGCUCCGAGUCAAUAUGGUGGAGGAGGUACUAAAACUGUGAACAUGUUUUCAAAAUUAAUGUCACAGGGGUCACAAUUCUUCAUGGAAGGUGUGAAAAAUCUUGUGAUUAAGAGACAUAAUCUCCCUGCAACUCGUAUUGUAGAUGCAUUAAUGGAAUUGAAAACAAUGCAAGACAUUGAAGACUAUCGUUACUUUGACCCGAAACUUCUAAGAGCAGAUUCAUCUAUUCCUCGUAACAAAUCUCCAUUCCAGGAAGCAUAUGUGUUUGUUGUAGGUGGGGGUAAUUACAUUGAGUACCAGAAUCUUGUAGACUAUGCUAAAGGAAAAUCAGCAACAUCGCCAAAAAGAGUUGUUUAUGGCUGUAGUGACUUGUCAAAUGCAUCACAGUUCCUCAAACAAUUAUCUCAUUUAGGUCAAGAAAUGUAAUACAUACAUGUGAUAGUUAUUCAUUUCAAUUUUUUGAUUUACAUGCAAUAUAGUGCUCACAGUUUUAAAGAGGUGGCUAUUUAUUUGUAAUUAUUAAGUCAGAAGUAUAUCCUAAUUUUCAUAGACAUCCAUAAUUAUAUGAUUUUUUUUAUUUGGAACCUAACCGUAAAUUAGUCAUUCUUUAAUUUUGUAUUUUGCAACCAAAAUUUCAAAGGCGCUAAUUUAACUUAAAUGAACUUGAAAUUGAUCUAGAAGUAAUUUCUUUGAUGGAUAGGGAUUCUUUAUAAAGGUGGUCAUUACAGAACACUAGGGUAUAAACAUGUGUAUAAACAUCAUAAUUGUACAAUUUAUUUAUUGUUUUACUUGCUUAUAAUUCUAUUUAUUUAAAUAUGAUACACCUUAAUUAGUAUGUUCAUUUGUAUUUACAAUUUAUGAUAUCAGUCCUGUAGAUUAAGUUACACAGAAACAGUAUAAAGUGCUAAUAACAGAAAAGAUCAUGACUGUACAUACUUGGGAUGGAAAAAAAUUGUUAAAUGUCAACAUUAUGUGUAUUUUAGCACUUAAGAUUGUCACAAUAUGCUACUAGAAUGUGAACUUGUUUCAUGAUAUAUAAUGUUCAGCUACAUAUUGCAAUAUAAUAUUAUAUCAUGACACAUCUAUUACCGCUUGAUUGUUAAAUACUUUGUUAUCAUUCACUCUACAACUUUUAAAGCUUGGUCCCCUGUAAGUGUAAACUUCUUUUAUACAUACAUAAUGUCAUAGGAAAUUAAGAAUUUGCUCUUAUUCUGUCAAGUUUUAAAGUUACACAUAAAAUGACAAUUUAUUAUAAUUUGUUUAGCUUAACCGAAGUUGGAAGAUCAGUAAAACUUGUAUGAAUAUCUUUUUAUAUUAGUUGCGUACAUUCUGGAAGUGCAUGUUUUGUUCUUUUGGGGGGGGGGGGGGGGCUGCAUUAAUUAGAGCAUUUAUAAAUUUUUUUUAAAAAACAUGGUACUCAUUUCUAUGUAUUAUUGUAAUAAUUACUUGACAAACAAUGAUGUUCAGAUUAUUUUUUGUAUGAAAAAUAACAGAAAUAUGAAAUUAUAAUAUAUGAAGUGACUGUCAUUUGUAUGUACUUCUUGACAGACAUUGGACAAUAUGACAUUUCAAACAGUCUAAAAUAAAUAUUGAAAAUUA